GUUAGGGGGUUGGUAAAUCCCAGGCAAACGCAGCAGAUUUCAGAAUAGCUUGCAAAAGUCGUUUCCCAGCUGUAUGCAGAGACUAGCAGGAGGCGUGCCUUAAAAUUUGCAUGUCUCCCACUAUAUAUACCGGGUAAUCUCCCGCCCGACUAAACCAUUUGUUUGUCGGAACGACAUUGACAAUGCCUGAGCCUGCAAAGCCCGCGCCCAAGAAGGGCUCCAAGAAAGCCGUUUCCAAGACCGCCGCGAAGGGCGGCAAAAAGCGCAGAAAGUCCAGGAAGGAGAGCUAUGCCAUCUACGUGUACAAGGUGUUGAAACAGGUCCACCCCGACACCGGUAUCUCCUCCAAGGCCAUGGGAAUCAUGAAUUCCUUCGUCAACGACAUUUUCGAGCGUAUUGCCGGGGAGUCGUCUCGCCUGGCUCAUUACAACAAGCGAUCAACCAUCACCUCCAGGGAGAUCCAGACCGCUGUCCGCCUUCUGCUCCCCGGUGAGCUGGCCAAGCACGCCGUGUCCGAGGGCACCAAGGCAGUGACCAAGUACACCAGUUCCAAGUAAACAAACGGGCGUCGCUUCAAAUUCACCACAAAGGCUCUUUUAAGAGCCACCCACUUGUGUCUUGCAAUUGAGGAAAGUCCAUCGCACUAGUUCAAAUGUACUGGUGUAUUUUAACGUGAAACUCCAAACACUAUUGUGAACUAGGACAGGAUAGUCCACUCUUCUGUACAGCCGAAAGUGUCACCACCUUAUUAAAUACCAUAUCAUGAUUUGCGAAAUCAUGAU